GGCGAGUCCUUGAUGGAGGGGGUCUCAGCGGUGUCGCGGGGGAUGUUGGGACAGUACGGCUCCGAUGGCGAAGUCGGAGGUGUCAGUGGUGACAAAGAAAUGGCGAGUGGGGUCGGCGAUCUUGAGGACAGGGGYCGUGGUGAUGGUUUGCUUGAGCUCGUCCUUGCAGGUGAGUUCGUGGAGAGGGUAAGAGAUCUCGGAAAAGUUGCGAAUGAACGGGCGGUAAUAGUUGGCAAGGCCAAGGAAGGAACGGAGUUGGAGGAGGGUCUUGGGUGGGGGGUACUCGACRAGGGYUGUGACCUUYGAGGGGUCCAUACGGAUGCCUUCAGCGGAGACAAUAUGGCCAAGGUAUUCGACGCUCGAAGCGGCAAACGUACAUUUGCUGAGCUUGGCGUAGAAUUUUUGCUCUCGGAGGAUCGCGAGGACUUGGUGGAGGUGCUGAAGGUGGGACUCGAAGGUGGGGCUGAAGACGAGGAUGUCAUCAAGGUAGACAACGACACAGACUUCGAGGAGGUUGCGGAAGAUGUGGUUCAUGGUGGAUUGGCAGGUAGCGGGGGCAUUGGUGAGUUUGAAUGGCAUCACGAGGAACUCGUAGUGCCCGAACCGAGAGCGGAAGGCGGUCUUGUGGGUGUCCUCCUCGCGGAUACGGAUCUGGUGGAAGCCACUACGAAGGUCGAUCUUGGUAAAGUACUUGGCUCCACGGAGACGAUCAAGGAGCUCGGAAAUCAGAGUUGGUUUGUUGGUGCCCCAAUUGGCGACAACGGAAGCAACCCCCUUUUGCUUGGAGGAAGUGAUGGAGGUGGUGUCUUCGGGGGUGAUGUGGUGGAAAAAGCGGGUGCGGGAGGUGCCGGGGGGGGCCUGGUGGUGGGGGUGGAGGAGCCGAUCGUGGUGGAGCAUGCGAGAGACAAGGUCAGCAAGGGGCAUGUCGGGUUCGUGGGCGAGGGCGGUUGCAAGGUCUUUGUGGCAUACUCGUUUAAUGCGGGAGAUGAACGCACAGUCGGGAAUGACGGUGUGGGGGAGGUGGUGUCGGAGGGAGCGGACGUAUUGGACGAAGCGGUCCGUGGGACCGGUCUGGCGGAGGUGGCAGAAUUGUUCAAGGUAGUCGUCAAUGGUUUUCUGGGGGCGGAAGGUGGCAGUGAGGAGGGUGGUUUGCGCUGUGGGGGUUGGAGUGGUUUGCACUGUGGAGGUUGGAGUAGUUUGCACUGUGGGGGUUGGAGUGGUUUGCGUGGCGGUGACGACCGUGAUGGAGGGGGUGGUCCCUUCGAGCGUGGUGACGCGGUCGCAUAUGGACGACAUGUUGGCCUUUAUGUCGUCGAGAGAGGCGGUGACGGAGCUUCGGAGGGUGUUGAGUGCGUGGAGGAUGGCGGAGAGGUCGAGGGUGGCGGUGUUUGCUGGUGGUUGUUCGCCUGCGAGGUUGCGGGCGAUGCUAUCAACUGAGUCGGUGCGGAUGUCGGACAUGAUGGAGGAUGCGGCCAUGUCGGGGGAAGAGGGGGUGGAGGACGUGGCCUGAGCGGGUGUGGAGGAUGCAGCAGCAGCGGUGGCAGCGGCAACAGCGGUGGCGUCGAAGGCGGCGCGUUGGAAGUUAUUGGUUUGGCGUGGUGGCAUGUGGAGGGUGGGGGGGGAAUCCCUUAUUUAUUUAUUAAUAAAUUCAAAAAUAAAGAUAAUCCCCAAGU